UGACGUGGCGAGCCGCUAAAGGUCCGCCGGUUCCUUCGUGGGCUGCGGCGAUUGGGUGAUUACCUGUAUGGCAAUUUUUACUAAAAAUGUAAAUACACAGGUGGCGGCAUGGGCCAGCAGCGUGUGGGUUAUGUAAAUAAAACAGAAGUGAAACCGUGUCACUCUGUACUGGUUUCCAAGCGUGAACAUAUUCCUCCAGACGCAAUGUUUGGCAGAUAGCUGAAAGUAAGGCUGCGGAUAUUAAGACGAGCACCUGUUACAUCCACCUGACGCGUGUUUGUGCCCGCAGGUGACAGCUGCGCAGUCUCCAUGCCUCAGCUCACGUCCACCGCGGUGCUGCAGCUCGUGUUGCUGCUUUCCGCAUUGCCCGCACAGUACCUCAUCUCCCGCUGGAGUGGCACCAAUGCGGCUCAGCGCUACCAUGCAACCACACGGUUCCUCAGAAUGUGGAAUGAGUGGAGAACAUCUUACCUCGAUGUUACUGUGUGGAUGGAUUGGGCAAACCAGCAGAUCUCCAAAUUCAUGUCUUUGGUUGGUUUGGGGCAAGAUGAUGAAGAGGCUCCACAGUCGUUUGCCUUGGAGAGCAUGAUGUAUGACAAUGACGAGGGAUUCUUUGCAGCCUCCAAGGAGGUGCGCAGCCCCAGGCCCCUGUAUGUGUUUCUGCGGGUCGGCGAGGUGGUGAUGGAAAGGAAAGGCCAUAUGGUUGGUGUGGUGGUGAGCUGGGACCCUGAGAUGCGAGCGCCUGCAGAGUGGGUCGACAGAGUGUAUUCCAACUCUGAGGGCCCCACAGCAGUGAAUACACCUCAUUACAAGGUACUGUUCAGCGGUCCUGGACCCUCCUCUCUGUUAGUUGCAUACUUGCCUCAGACACAACUGGAACGCAUCACAGGAAUGAGGCCGGACAUUCCCACCUUGGAAAAUUACUUCACACAUUUUGAUGGAGAACGGUUCAUCAUGCUGCCCUGGCUCAGAGAACUCUACCCUGAGGAUGGGAUGGAGGACGCCGAAUAGACCUCUCCAAAAGACAA